GCGACAAGCAGUGCGGGGUAAAGGCUGGGAGUGAGAGGCUGAGCCAAUGAGAAGCAGACUUCCACUCCUUCUCUCCUGCCCGGCUUGGUUCACUUCGGCGCGCCCUGUAAUUAGGAGCUCCACUUGUGGCUUAGGCGCCGCCACCGUGGACCGCUUUAGGAAGGCCAGCUCCACACUCUCCUUUCUUUUCUCCUCCAAACACUCGCCGGGACGUCGACAUCCUCAACAAUGAACGGGCAGCCGUCACCUGUGUUCGAGGACAAGAAGCCGAACCUCCGCGCGUCCCCGAGCCUUCCGGAGCCCUCCCCCGCAGACAUGGGCUUCUACGGCGGCCACGCCGGGGCGCUCCACGGCUCGCAGGAUUUUUACGCGGCGCAGCAGCCCUACUCGGCCCAGCACAUGAGCCCGUACUCGUACAGCCACUACAACCUGAACGGGAUGGUCCCCGGUGGAGCCUUCUCUUGCGGUAAAAGUGAGUACUCCUACCCGCACUCGGUGUACAGAGAGCCGGGGUGCUUCAGCAGAGAGGCGCCGCCAACACUACCGGACACCGUGAAAGAAGAACCGGAAAUGGAGGUGCGGAUGGUCAACGGGAAGCCGAAGAAAGUGCGGAAGCCCCGGACUAUUUACUCCAGCUACCAGCUGGCCGUCCUGCAGAGGCGAUUCCAGUCCGCCCAGUACCUGGCCCUGCCGGAGAGGGCGGAGCUUGCGGCACAGUUGGGUCUGACACAGACACAGGUGAAAAUAUGGUUCCAGAACCGUCGCUCCAAGUUCAAGAAACUCUACAAGAAUGGAGAGUUUCCACUGGGGGACAUCGCUUUGGAGCACAGCCCAGAGGCCAGUGAUUCAAUGGCGUGCAACUCGCCUCCGUCCCCCGCCGCUUGGGAGAACAACACCAGCAGUAACCCCAACAACAACAACAACAACAACAACGACAACGACGACGACAACAACGACACGAACAGCAGCAGCAGCAUGAAGAACAACGCAAUGCUGGACCCCACCAGCAGGGGGCAGGAAUCUUACCAGCCUCAGGGGGACGACUCCUCUUCAGUCUACAUGGAUGAGUACACGCACCAGAAUUGGUACCAGCAGCAAGACACGCAUUUAGGUCUGCCAGCAGCUGGCCCCGCCCGCCACACACCCCCGUCAGCACCAGCAUCCACGCAAAGCAUGGGCGCCGUUUACUGACUCCCUUACAAACACUUGAAAUGGACCCUUCCAACUCCAACUUACUGCGCCUGAAGUCGUAAUAUAUCUUUCGCCAACGUACAUCGAUUCACACUGUGCCUUAAAUCCCAAGCAAAACCUUUUGUAGGUAAGUACCUACUGCCCUCUAGUGGAGGAACAUUGUAUUAUUCUCCCUGCUGCUGUGCAUCACUCGCAUAGUUUCAUGACUAAGACUCAUUUUCGGACCAUUUAAGGAAAACCGGCACAGUGGUUGGGAGUCCACUGCCUUAUAAACUAUCACAU